AUGGCAAAGUUGAAAUCAGUCUCUACAUGCAAAUCACGAAAUAUCAUGAAGAAUUGCCAUGUGAGGGCAUCCAAUUUAACAAAUAGGAAACGAUUGUUCAAAAAGCGAAAACCUAUCAGGAGAAGUAUUCGAUGCAAAUGUCAGCCGUCCUCGUUACCGGAAGAAAGCCAAUGUGAAGAUGUGAGCCUAGUUAUCUGUUUGAACGAUAAGCCGGACGAAAACGUCAUGAUUAAAUUGCGAUGUAUCAUUGACAAUAUCCACGUAUUCGCCGAUGGUAGCCAAUGCAUUCAUUUUCUUGAUACCAGUGCUGCUCAAGGUAAAGUAUAUGUGAUUGUAUCAGAAUCGUUUGGAGAACAAGUUGUGUCUUGCCUACAUGAUCAAUCUUUUGUGGAUGCUAUUCUGAUCUUUCGGGAUAGUAACCGACGGUCUCUACGAUGGAUAAACAAAUGGUCGAAAAUUCAUGGAGCGUUUAGUGAACUUUCAACUAUUUGUGCUACUCUUAAGAAAAUUACACGACAAAAUGAUAUUUCGAUUAGUACUUUUUCGGCUAAUGUUCAUGAUCCUACAACAAAGAUCUGGAAUCGCGAGAAACCGUCUAUGAUAUAUACUCAGAUACUUAAAGAAACAUUGCUAUCAAUUGAUUUUCAAAAAGAACACACAGAAGAUUUCAUGAAAUAUUGCAAUGAGAUAUUUUCCGAUAAUAAAUUAGAAUGGAACUAUCGGAGCAAAACAUCCAUCUGGUGGUAUUCGUGGAAUAGUUUCCCGUAUCGUUUAUUGAACAGCGCAUUACGAGAAAUGAAUCUCGAUCUUAUAAUUCAUAUGGGAUUUUUCAUUAAUGAUCUCCAUCAACAUAUUCAACAGCUGUAUUCCCAACAAUUCGGUGAGGGAAAAUGUAUUGAAAGUUUUACCGUUUAUCAUGGGCAAAAAUUAUCGAAAGCAGAUUUUGAUCGAAUGACAAAAAAUAAGAAUGACUUCAUUUCAUUUAAUAGUUUUCUAUCUACUAGCAAAGAUCAUCAAUCUACACUUCGCCUUGCUCAAAAUUUUAUCAUGGAUUCUAAUUUCGUUGCAGUUCUUUUCGUUAUGACCAUCAAUCCCAAUCAACCGACAACGCCGUUUGCAUCAACUGCUGAGAUCAGUGAAAAUCAAGAAGAAGAAGAUGAAAUUCUCUUCUCUAUGAAUCCUAUUUUCCGCGUUGAGGAAGUAAAGUUACUCGAUCGACGUAAACGAUUGUAUCAAAUUAAUGUAACACUCGCUGCUCAUGGUGAUUCCACUUUUUGUCAACUUACACAUCAUAUCACGCGAGAAACAUGUGCAGACGACAAUCCAUGGCAUCGAUUAGGUUCACUGUUAAUCACUAUGGGUGAAUAUUACAAUGCCGAAAGAAUUUAUCGGAAUUUGUUGGAUUCAGCGAUCGACGAUCGCGAAAAGGGAUACGUUUCGAACGCACGUGGUUGGCUAAAAUACAACCAAGGAAAGUACAAAGAAGCCUUAAAAUUGUACAAAUCAUCGUUGAUUCUCUAUAAGAAAGUUCUUCCUUCGGACCAUCCUGAUUUUGCAAUCGUUUACAAUAACAUGGGAAUCGUGUGUAAUCUAUUAGAAGACUAUUCAACAGCACUAUUCGCUCAUAAGACAGCCUUAAAAAUACGACAACAAUUAUAUGAACCCAACUAUCUAGCUUUGUAUAUGUCAUACAGUAAUCUAGGUGAUUUGUAUCAGAAGAUGGGCGAUCGUACCAAAUCACUUAUGUAUUUCGAGAGAGGUCUUGAAAUUAUUUGGAAAAUUCUUCCUCACAAUGAUCCUGAUAUUGCUACAUUGCUCGCGAAUAUUGGUAAGAUAUAUUACGAGUUGGAUAAUUACGAAAAAGCUCUCCUGUUUCAAAAGAGGGCCCUUAAAAUUUGGCGACAAUCCAAUUCGUGUCAUCCGUACAGUUUAGCUGCUUGCUACGGUCAUAUUGGCUUCAUAUAUAAAGCAAUGAACGAACCUAGACAAGCAUUGUUAGCUUUCAACAAAUCCUUAAAGACUACUAAGUGUAUAAUUUCAUUGAAUCACCCCAUGUUAGCUGAUUUGAAUUAUAACGCGGGUUUGCUUUAUUAUCGUAUGGGUAAAUACCCAAAAGCAUAUACACUUUUUCAAAAUGCUGUCGAUAUUGGGCGCCAAUCAUUGUCAUCGAAACAUUCGUAUCUUCGCGAUUACAGAAAAUAUCUCAAACUUGUAAAGCGUCAUUUGUAA